AUGGUCUACAAAGAAGAUCCGUGCAAAUGGGUAUUCCUACCGGAACUCGUCGAGAUUUACAAGACUUCUACGCAAGCUAAACUAUGUACCAAAGUGUCCAACAUGCCUUGGAUCAAAUACCUAAACAUUCUCGACAAAUUGAGCGAAUUAGAUCAGGAAAUUAAGAAGAACGGCCCGCCUCCAGCUCCAGGUACUUUAGAAAGCGUGAUGUGCUGUUGGUUGAAGGAAGUAGCCCCAGAUAAAUACUGCGAUAAGUACGUGCGCGCUAUUCAUGAGUUCGCGUGCGCAAUAGGCGAUAAAGUUGGAGAGGUGAAAGGUUUAGAAUCUGGAGAACAACCGGACGGACCUUGUCCAGAUGGAUCGCCUUGUGAAGGCGAGGCCACUGCAACUAAACGAAGUGAUCCCAACGCAACCACAAGCAUACCUGCAUCUGUACUUUCACAAAUUUUGAAGAAACAGAAAAUAAAAAAAGAAAGUCGAGAGGUAAAACAAGACGAAUAA